CUUGAAGAAUCGAUCCAUCGUUAGAUAUAGUGAAUACAGAUUAUUUUAUUGAUAAGCUAAGACGUUCUGUUUUUUAUCAUUAUUGUGGUUUAUAGAAACCUAUUUUAAUUUUGUAUGCGUUUCAAUUAUUGUUCCGCCUGGCCUUGACGCUUUUUCUUAGGAUUUUUUGUACUUUAUUAAUUCGUAUCGUCGUUCCAAUUAAUUUACUAUUAAAAAUUAAAUAUUCCGAUUAAUGAAAUACUUCAUCGAAUGUAAAAUGUUAAAAUUUAAGGACAUAAAAAAUUGUGCUGUUUAUUGUUUAAAUGUAGCGUUCAAUUGUAUUCCUGUUUUUACUUUUCUACGACUAUCUUUUUAUUAGAAUUAUUUUAUUACACAGACAAGAAUCCUUACUACUUUUUAGUGAAAAGGCAGCAGGGCCAGUUUUAUUUUUGUAUUAUUCGCGCCACCGCUUUCGUUCAGAAACCAUACUUGUACAUAUCCAUAGUCAAGAAGAAACCUCUCACCUUAGCCUAUGCCUUGAUAAAAAAAAAAGAAAGUCACUGUCAAUCUGACAAUUGCACGAUGUUUUUGUUGUGUACAUGUAAAUACGAAUCGGCUAUUUUGUAUUCUUUUACCAUAAAAUAACAUUGAAUUUUGACAUCAAUAUUACUUAAAUGUUGUAUAAUAAUUAAAAUAAAAUGUAGUACAUUACUAAAUGUAUAACACGGAAUAAAAUGAAUGUUGUAAAUUUUGAUUUGUCUAAAUUUUAAAAAAUAUAGGUUACUUUUGAUAUAAAACUAUGGGGUCAGAUUCAGUGGUGAGUCCAAAUGAACUAGAUUUUGUUGGGGAUUUUGAUUCCCAAGUAAAUCAUGUCUUACAAACGAUAAGACUAACAAGACAAGAAGUUGACGACUUUAGGAGACUGUUUAUUGACCUGGAAAGAUGUCUACAGAGAAUUUGGCUAGGUAAAUAUCGCAUUCAUAUAAUAUUCUACUCAUUAGGUGCAAAUGUAGUUUGGUGUUCCAUAACCAGAGCUAAAUUAAAUUGUACAUUUCCAGGUUGUAAAGUUAUGCCAUUUGGUUCAGUUGUGACUGGUCUAGGAAUCAAAUCAAGUGAUGUAGAUUGCUAUGUUUUCAUACCAGAGGAGCAUAAUAAUUAUGAGCAGGACCAAGCAGAUCUUGUGCUGUCGGCCAAGAAAGUUCUUAGAAGACAGCCAUUGGUGUUCCAUCAGCCAUUUGCAAUCACAAAUGCGAAAGUUCCAAUAGUGAAGUUUUGUCACGUGCCAACUCGCCGCAACUGCGAUGUCAGUUUUAAAAGCCCUGCUGGUGUGAGGAAUAGCAAGCUAAUAGCAUUCUUGCUGCACUUAGAUGAAAGAGCACAGCCGUUAGCAAUAUUAAUCAAGUACUGGGCGAAUAUCCAUGGCUUAACAGGAACAAACCGAAUGUCAAAUUAUGCCUUGACAAUGUUAGUGCUUUUCUACUUGCAAGAGAAAAAGAUUAUACCUGCUGUUGUAAAACUGCAGAGUCCCAACAAUUCAUUUUACGUUGAAGGCUGGAAUACUGAUUUUAAAGAAAAAUAUAUUCACCAAACUGAAAACAAUCAGGUUCUAUAUGAACUCCUGGGAGAGUUUUUCCAGUUUUACAGCUCUUUUAAUUUUAAAGACAAUGUUAUUUCACCAUUCCUAGGUCAAUCUGUGCGCCGUGAACUAUUUAAAGAUAUAGAAAAUACUCCUAAUGAUUUUGAGGUGUACAAGAAAAAUGUUUAUAAUAAACAAGUUGCUCUGUUGAAAAUAGAUACAAUGAUAUGUGUUCAGGACCCAUUUGAGCACAAUAGAAACUGUACCUCAGCUAUAUCAUCAAAAUUAGCAGAAACCAUACAAUUGCACAUAGAGUUUGCUUCAAACAUAUUUCAUGAGAAUAAAAGCAAAGAAUUUCUUAGAGAUAUUUUGACAAAGAAACCAAUAAUAUCCAUAAACAAAAAGAAAAAGAAAAAUAAAGCUUCUAAAAAUGAAGCACCACCUAUUUGGGUCAUUGGGUCCAACAAUGAAAAUCAUAAAAGCAUAUCGUCACCCACCAACAUGGAGGUUCCUGACGUGGAAACAUGUGCAGGCACAUCAAAUGUUGAUGAUGACAUAAUUAACCAUUCAGAUGAGAUUAAUUCAGAAACAAAUAAUACUCCUGAUUCCAAUAUAGAGCCUGCAGUUGUUGUCCCCUCAAAUAGUAAAAGAAGCUUAAAUACAAGCUUGACAAACUUAUACAUGCUAAUUAAAAAGCAGAAAAAGAAAUAGAAUAUUAAUUGAUUGUUCUCUUAUAUUUGUGUUCAAUCUUAUAGUAAUAGUUACAUUAAGGAAUACAUUGGUAUUAUCGAGAUGUGUCAAGUUAGCAGCAUUGGUGGUAUUAUUUCACUAGUAAGUCGAGUAAAAAAUGUGAUUCUGGUUUGCUUUUAAAAGUAAUUGUAAUUGACAAAAGGGUCUCAUAGAAAUAACUAUUGAAAUAAAGUAAAACAAUUUAACAAAGAUAAA